AUGACGAUUCAAAUAUCCGACCCACCAUCAUCAGCACCACCACCAUUACUACUAUCUCUUCAACAAAUCACCAUCCCAACAAAACAACACCACCACCAUCAACCCAUUGUUCUUGAUGAUCACAAAAGUAGAACCAACUUAUCCCACAUAGUGUUUGGCAUAGGAGCCACAUCAAAUUUCUGGAACCAUAGGAAACAGUACAUUAAACUAUGGUGGAGGCCUAAUGUGACUAGGGGUAAUGUGUGGCUUGACCAAAAGGUUCAAAUUGAACAUGGUGAAGAAUCAUUGCUUCCAACAUUGAGGGUUUCUAGUGACACUUCCAAGUUCAAAUACAACCACCCCAAUGGACACAGGUCAGGGAUUCGUUUAUCACGGAUAGUAUCUGAGACAGUGAGGCUAAAGAUGAAGAAUGUGAGGUGGUUUGUGAUGGGGGAUGAUGACACAGUGUUUGUGACAGAGAAUUUGGUUAAGGUGCUACAAAAAUAUGAUCAUAAUGAAUUCUAUUACAUAGGGUCAAGUUCAGAGAGUCACAUGCAGAACAUUUAUUUCUCAUAUAACAUGGCAUUUGGAGGAGGUGGGUUUGCAAUUAGUUACUCUUUGGCACUGGCAUUGGAGAAGAUUCAAGAUAGGUGCAUUCAGAGGUACCCUUCAUUGUUUGGUUCAGAUGAUAGGAUUCAAGCUUGUAUGGCUGAGCUUGGUGUUCCACUUACUAAGGAGAAUGGAUUUCAUCAGUUCGAUUUAAAAGGAAAUCUAUUUGGGCUCCUAGCAGCCCAUCCAGUUACACCACUAAUAUCUCUUCAUCACCUGGACCUAGUGGAGCCCAUAUUCCCAAACAUGACAAGAGUCCAGGCCCUGCAGAGGCUCAAGGGCCCAAUGAAACUUGACCCUUAUGGCCUUAUGCAACAAUCCAUUUGCUACGACAAAACCCGGGUUUGGACCAUAUCCGUGUCUUGGGGGUAUGCGGUUCAAAUAUUCCGGGGCAUCUUCUUGCCCCGGGAUGUAGAGUUGCCGGCGACAACCUUCUCAAAUUGGAAUCGCAAAUCCGAUCACAAUGCAUUUUCAUUCAGCACGCGUCCUUCUAAUCGUAAUGUUUGCCAGAAGCCUUUUGUUUUUUACUUUUCUAAUGUCACCUAUGAUGGCUUCGCUGAUGAAACGAUAAGCGACUAUGUUCGAGUCGAUCCGAACCCGGAUUGUAGGUGGAAAAUUCCGGGUCCUACCCAGGUCAGAAAAAUAGAAGUCCACAAGAAACCUGACCCGCAUAUGUGGGAGAAGGCUCCAAGAAGAAACUGUUGCAGGGUUCGACCAAGAAAGGAGGAAGGAACUCUUGUAAUUGAUGUAAAGGAAUGUAGAGAAGAUGAAGUUCUUGAAUUGUAG